AUGACGGCUGAGACCAGCAGACGACGUACAUGGGCGUUCUCAGCUUAUGCACACCGAGCAGAAGCGCAAACAGAAAAGCUUACUUUUCCGGAAGCAGCGCUCAUCACAUGGUUCGCACUGGCCAGUGAUAUUGUGUCUGAUGUAGCCUACGGGACAAUUUUCGACACAGCGUUGAUUGAAGACAGCGUAACUGUGCCAAUCGGGAACCCCAUUAUAUUCUGCAGGUUCAGUUGA